GCUAAGAUUGCGUGCGUAUUUUUAUCGAUAACUGCUCUCGAUAACCAACUGUAGAGCUUUUGGAACUUUUAUACUUCGACAAUCUUGGUAUUUUUAAUUUUAUUCAACAAGCCACACUAGAUCAAAACAGCUGAUUCAAAUUUAUUAUAAGUCGUGUCUUUGCUUGAAGCAAAAUUUUUUAGGUUUCACUGCCAUCAAUAUAUAAAUUGAAAAAAUGGCGCAAGUAAAAUGCAACGAACCGGGAGAUUGGCGCGAUGCUCCCUUUCUUGUUGUCCUUUACGAUUACACGAUGAAGAAUGCGGAAUUUCCCUCGGACAUUGGGACCCUCAUUGCUUAUGUGCUGGUGCUAAUCGUAUCAUGGUAUGUCGUACUCUGGACAGCACGUUUCCUGCUCUCGCUCGUAUGGCCGGUGAUCAUUGUUGUGUCGGCAUUCCUGCUUUUUCGCUUUCUUUACACAUUCCAACACGAAGACUUGGGGGAUAUAGUGCUCCAUACUCUUACCUAUGUGGUAGACACCGCCGCAUAUAUAAUAGAAAAGAUUUUUGAGUUUCUUGCGAGUGUCGUCCAGUAACUGAAGUACAAUUGUAAUUCAUUGUUAUAUUAUUGUAUAUAUUUCCUCCACUAAUUAUUGUGAAAUCCUUCGUAAAUUAAUUUUUUUGGGAAAAUUGGCAUAAAUAAAUUAUAUGGUAUUUAUGUUGA